UUCCUAUCCUUGUCACCUCUUUUCCCAUAUAAACUUGGGAGAGUUCUGAGUUCUGACUCAACACCACCUUCCCUUCCCUUCCCUUCCCUCCAUCUCUCUCUCUCUCUCUCUCUCUCUCUCUCUCUCACUCUUUUACUGAAAAACACUGAGCUUCCUCAGGUUGUAGUUUGAGUAAGUAAGGAUGUUAGAAAAGAUGGAAAUUCUACACGUAGAAAAAGUGAUAGAAGAGUUCGAAACGAUGACCAAAGAUACUGAGAAUGUUCAAAGGGAGACUUUAAAGAAAAUUUUAGAAGAAAAUGGAAGCGCCGAGUAUUUGCAGAAUCUGGGUCUCAAUGGCAGAACUGACCCCCAAAGCUUCAAGGCUUGUGUUCCUGUCGUCACUCACCAGGAUUUGGAUCCUUAUAUUCAAAGAAUUGUUGAUGGUGCUUCUUCCCCGAUUCUCACCGGAAAACCCAUAACCACCAUAUCUCUCAGCUCUGGCACCACUCAAGGAAGGCCGAAGUUUGUGCCGUUCAAUGACGAAUUGAUGGAAACCACUUUGCAGAUAUUCCGUACUUCUUAUGCUUUUAGAAACAGGGAAUUCCCUGUCAAGAAUGGGAAGGCUUUGCAGUUCAUAUACAGCAGCAAGCAGAGUAGGACGAAAGGGGGAUUGUUUGCUGGAACCGCUACGACCAAUGUGUUUCGCAAUUCGCAGUUUAAGAAGGCAAUGAAAGCAAUGCAAUCUCAGUGUUGCAGCCCAGAUGAGGUGAUAUUUGGUCCAGAUUUCCGUCAAUCUUUGUAUUGCCAUCUUUUAUGCGGGCUGAUUUUCCGCGAGGAAAUCCAGUUGGUUUCCUCUACCUUUGCCCAUAGCAUAGUUCAUGCGUUUCGAACUCUUGAACAAGUGUGGGAAGAGCUUUGUGUUGAUAUUAGAGAAGGGAUCCUCACAAGCCGCAUCACUUUCCCAUCCGUCCGGUCAGCUAUGGCUAAAUUACUGAAGCCCAAUCCUGAGUUGGCAGACUUAAUUCGUAGGAAAAUUUCAGGGUUGAGUAAUUGGUAUGGAUUGAUACCGGAGCUUUUCCCUAAUGUCAAAUACAUCUAUGGGAUCAUGACUGGGUCCAUGGAGCAUUAUCUGAAGAAAUUAAGGCAUUAUGCGGGGGAUGUGCCUCUUAUAAGUGCUGAUUAUGGUUCUUCUGAGGGGUGGAUUGGGGCAAAUAUCAACCCAAAUGUGCCUACAGAGUCUACUACUUAUGCUGUUCUUCCAAAUAUUGGCUAUUUUGAGUUCAUUCCUCUGAAAGAGAAUGUUGAAGAGCAAGUCCAUGACAGAGGUGAUGCUAAUAUCCUCUCGAUGGAGCCCAAACCAGUGAGUCUGACUGAAGUUAAAAUCGGUGAAGAGUAUGAGGUUAUUGUCACAAGUUUUGCAGGGUUAUACAGGUAUAGGCUAGGGGAUGUGGUGAAGGUCAUGGGGUUCCAUAACUCAACCCCGGAACUGAAAUUUAUAUGCAGAAGAAACCUGAUGCUGACCGUAAACAUCGACAAAAACACUGAGAAGGAUUUGCAGCAAGCAGUGGAAGAAGCAGCCAAGUUGAUUGCGGAGGAAAAGCAGGAAGUGAUAGAUUUCUCGAGCCAUGUGGACAUGUGGACCGACCCCGGUCACUACGUGAUAUUUUGGGAAAUAAGUGGGGAAGUAAGCGAUGAAGUGCUGAAAGAAUGCUGCAAUUGUUUGGAUCGUUCAUUUGUGGAUGCAGGGUAUGUUAGUUCCCGGAAGGUGAACGCGAUUGGUCCCCUUGAGCUCCGAAUUCUUAGGAGGGGAACGUUUCAGAAGGUUUUGGAUCAUUACUUAGGGUUAGGGGCUGCUGUUAGCCAAUUUAAAACACCACGAUGCGUAGGGCCUACUAACUAUAAAGUGUUGCAGAUCUUGUGCGACAAUGUUUUCAAGACCUACUUUAGUACUGCUUUCUAGAUGUUGUUAAAUAUAUUUUUCCCAUUAAAACUCGCCAUUUUUCUUAAUAUAAAAAUAAUAAUAAUCAAAAGUUGUUCAUUGGA